AUGGCUUCGACGACAUUUUCGAAGCAAAUCACCAUCAACGGAGACGCAUCGAGUCCGUGCACGAACUCUAACAUGCAAAAUAAAGUCGCGGUUGUUUUGGGUGGUCAAUGGGGUGAUGAGGGAAAAGGAAAAGUGGUGGAUUUAUUAGCUGUACAUUGUGACAUCGUUUGCCGUUGCCAGGGCGGCAACAAUGCAGGACACACAGUCGUAGUCGAUGGUCAAGAAUACGAUUUCCAUUUACUGCCGAGUGGGAUCAUCAAUAAAUCAUGCACCUCUGUUAUUGGCAAUGGCGUGGUGAUCCACUUGCCAGGUUUGUUCGAGGAGCUGAAAAAGAACGAGAACAAGGGUAUGCGUGGUUGGGAGGACAGGCUCAUCAUUUCAGACAGAGCGCAUCUUGUCCUGGAUAUGCACCAGCAGGUUGAUGGACUCCAAGAGGCGGAGAAGGGCAAGAACUCCUUGGGCACAACAAAGAAAGGCAUUGGCCCGACGUACUCAUCAAAGGCCACGCGUAACGGAUUAAGAAUAGGAGAUCUCCUUGGAGAUUUCGAUAUAUUCGGAGAGAAAUUCCGUACCUUAGCAGCCACUUACAAACGCAUGUUCCCAUCUCUAGAGGUGGAUAUUGAGUCUGAGCUCAUCCGAUACAAGGAAUACGCAGAAAGAAUUCGACCCAUGGUCCGAGAUACCGUUUCGUAUCUACACAAGGCGUUGGCAGAAGGCAGGAAGGUGCUGGUCGAAGGUGCUAACGCGGCUAUGCUUGAUAUUGAUUUUGGUACAUAUCCGUAUGUGACCUCAUCAAACUGCAGUAUUGGUGGUGUGUGCACCGGCCUGGGUCUGCCGCCCAAAGUGAUCGGUGAAGUGAUCGGUGUCGUAAAGGCUUAUACGACGCGUGUCGGCGAUGGACCAUUCCCUACUGAAUUACAUGACGAGACAGGCCAGCUGCUGCAGGAGCGCGGGCACGAGGUGGGCGUGACUACACGCCGCGUGCGGCGCUGCGGCUGGCUCGACCUCGUCGUCGUGCGAUACACCGCCAUGGUCAACGGAUACACGUCUAUAUGCCUGACAAAGUUGGACAUCCUGGACACAAUGAAAGAGAUCAAAGUGGGCGUGGCUUACAAACUUAACGGCAAGAUCAUCGACUAUUUCCCCUCGUCCAUGGCCGAACUUAGCAAAGUUGAGGUCGAAUAUGUGACGUUACCGGGCUGGCAAUGCAAUAUUGAGGACUGCCGGAGUCUGGACAAAUUGCCCGAACUCGCCAAAAAUUACGUGAAGGCCAUCGAGGACUACCUAGACUUACCUGUGAAAUUUAUCGGUGUGGGGCCCGGACGAGACAGUAUCGUCAGCGCGCAUUAA